CAUGUCACACACUCGCCCAGCAGCGGAGAGCUCCGACAGCACUGUAACGACGGUAACCGACGGUAUCUGUGUUUUAACCGGGUACUCUUAUGAUUUUCUUCGGAGGCUCCGGUCUGACCUUCCCUCUCUGGACUCUGACUGCUCCUUUCAGUCUGUUACUGUGGACGCUUGUCGAAGGUCAGUACCGUGUGAGCUCUUCUUCUCAGCCAAUCACGGCUUCCCCUGGUGACGAUGUCAUCCUGCGGUGUCAUGUGAAACCUGAAUAUAACGUCCGGGCGCUGACCAUAGAGUGGUCCAGGUCGGGCACCUUGGAUCGGCCGUGGGAGGUGGAGGGGGAGGAGGAGGACUAUGUCCACCUGUACAGGAACCAGAAGGACAACGAGGACGGCAAGAUCCGGGCGUACAUCAACAGGACCGACCUGUUGAAGGACUCGCUGCGACACGGGAACGUUUCACUGAAGAUAAAGAAUGUGACGGUGGACGAUCAGGGAACUUACCGAUGUUUCAUCCCCAAACUGAGCAGCAGAGUGUGGAGAGGGAGAGAGGCGUUUGUUACGCUCAAAGUUCUCGAACCAAACUUUGGAAGGACAACAGAGUCAUCGCCGGUCCUCACCACUCCAGAACCAAUCGAUCAGAUCAAUGUCCAAAGUGACCGGCACCGUCACUUCCUCUGGAUUUCUGUUGUGACUGUCUGCUUCAUAGCAAUCCUGGGAGGUGUAGUCUUAACUUUACUCAAACUAAAGUGUGGAGAACAAAAUGUAAAACAGACAGAGAAAAAAAGCGUUGAUGCUCUUCUUCAAAGAAAAGCACUUUCAGUAUAGCUGCGCAGCUCAAACACGCAGGCACAGUCGAGAGCUUCUCUUGGGUCGCCCUCGUCCGUUCAGAGAUUCAACCCAACAGGAUCAUCAGGAGAGCUCCAUAUGAUGGUAACAGACCUCCAUCAGAACAAAGGUAAGU